ACUGAAAGUGGGUUGUACCCUCGACGUAACAGCAGAGGGAAAGCUCUACACUACAGGUCACGCUGCAUUCAACAUCUCCACACUUUACUCUUUAACUACCCCUCCAGCAGCCAGCCAGUCAGAGAGCUGCGUUGUUCUGGAUACAUUUUUCUGCUAAACUUGGGUUCUGCGGAGCUGCAUGUUGACGCCUUGCGGAUCCCGACCAGAAUGCUGGGCACUGUGAAGAUGGAAGGUCACGAUACCCCAGACUGGAGCAGUUACUACAAUGACGCACAAGAGGUCUAUUCACCGAUGACAAACAGCGGCAUGAACGCGGGCCUGGGUUCUAUGAACACUAUGAACAGCUACAUGAGUAUGUCUACAAGUGGAAAUAUGACAUCCAGUUCAUUCAACAUGUCCUACGCCAACCCAGGUCUGGGGGCCGGACUGAGCCCAGGAACCAUGUCCGGGAUGCCCCCAAAUGGCCCCGGCGCAAUGAAUGGGAUGGGUGGAGGGGUAUCGACCAUGGGCACAGCUCUGAGCCCGACCAACAUGAGCGCUAUGUCGGCCCAGCAGGCCUCGAUGAACGCUCUUAACCCGUACGCCAGCAUGAGUCCGACCAUGAGCCCUAUGUCCUAUAGCCAGCCUACCCUCAACCGGGCCCGGGACAACAAAUCGUUCCGGAGAAGCUACCCUCACGCCAAGCCACCGUAUUCGUACAUCUCCCUCAUAACGAUGGCUAUACAGCAGGCGCCAAGCAAGAUGCUCACCUUGAGCGAGAUCUACCAGUGGAUCAUGGACUUGUUUCCUUACUACAGACAGAACCAGCAGAGGUGGCAGAACUCCAUACGGCACUCCCUGUCUUUUAACGACUGCUUUGUCAAAGUCUCUAGGUCACCGGAUAAACCCGGAAAAGGCUCGUACUGGGCGCUGCACCCUGACUCUGGAAAUAUGUUUGAAAAUGGCUGUUACCUCCGAAGACAAAAGCGGUUUAAAUGUGAUAAAAAGUUAUCGUCGAGUAAAGGGGAUAGGAAAGACCCAUCUGGCGGGUCCAGCUCGCCUCAGAGCGACAGCUCCAACACCAAGACUGGGCACAUGGACUCGAACUCUCUCUCCACCUCCAACCAGUCAUCCAGCCCUCACGGUAUGGACCAUCGGAGCACUUCCAGCGCUUCGGACCUAAAAAACAGCGGCCCACCGAUCCAUCCCGCCGCCAGCUCAGCUACUUCCCUCUCCUCUCUCCCUUUACCUCCGCACUCGAUGGCGCACGAGUCUCAGCUGCAUCUAAAAGGGGACCCCCAUUACUCCUUCAAUCACCCGUUCUCAAUUAAUAAUUUAAUGUCAUCUUCAGAGCAACAGCACAAACUGGACUUGAAAGCCUACGAGCAAGCUUUGCAAUACUCCUCAUACGGCUCAGGGAUGUCCAGCCUCCCUCUCGGCAGCGCGUCUAUGGCCGGCAGAGCAAGCAUGGACCCGUCCGCACUAGAGGCGUCAUACUAUCAAGGUGUGUAUUCCAGACCCGUUCUCAACACCUCUUAGUAUACUCUCUUACUUCUUGCUUGACAAAAGGACGACAGAAAAAAAAACAUUUAAAACAUUUAUCUUAUCUUUGCAUGCACUUGGUGCAUAAGGACUGUUACUUUAAUGUAUAAGAAGAAUGUGUAUGAGUAGCCUAAAAUACAAUAGGCCUGUAAAGUGUUACCAUUGAAUGAUUGUAUAUCCAGUUGUAAAUCAUUGCUAGUGUAUUUAAAACAAUUUUGAGCCUGUAAAAUAAUGUUGUAUUACCCCCAAACUUGUAGUCUCAAACUAUGAAUAUAUGUCCAUGUGUUACAAUGUGCAUGAAUGAGAACCAAUAGGUGACACAGGUAACCCGCGCCCUGAGAUACCCGCUGUCCCUGACAUAGGCCUACUUUUUGAUAUGGAUGUUGUCCUUUUACGCACCGCUUUCGUUUGCCACACAUCUGACAAACAUAUGUCCAACCCAGUCUUGUAUACUACGUUAUUAAAUCAACCUGGAAAUGCAUUCUGAAUAAAGAUGUGUUUCUUCAGACAACGAUGGUCCAGUGGUUUGUGGUAGCCGGAGAAUGGGGUGGUUUGUAUGUGCAGCCUUUGUCGACGUUUUGUCUCUCCCUGUUGGUUUUGAUGAAUCUGCAUGUUCUUAACUUAUUCUUGUUAAUUUUCAAAUAAAACUAUUAUAAUUUAUUC